AUCCAUGGCCAGCUGCGACAUCAAUGGCUACACCAUACCAUCGGGGACGCGCGUCAUCAUCAAUAGCUGGGCUCUCGCGAGGGACCCCAGCGGCUGGGAGAGCACGGAGGAGUUCAUGCCCGAGCGGUUCUUGGAAGGCGCCAGCGCCGCGGCCAUAGACUACAAGGGGAACGACUUCCUCUACCUCCCGUUUGGGGCCGGUCGAAGGAUAUGCCCCGGCAUCAACUUCGCCAUUGUGACCAUUGAGAUCAUGCUGGCAAAUCUCAUGUACCACUUCGACUGGAAGCUACCACAUGGAUCGGCGCAGGAAGGUGGCAUUAGUAUGGCUGAAUCAUUUGGGAUCACUGUGCACCGCAAGGAGAAGCUCCUCCUUGUGCCUCUGCUGCCGCAAGACUAA